AUGACAACAAGUGACUAUCCGACACGAUCAACAGUUUUACUCGAUACGGUGCAUGAGCAUGAUCACGAACAUGACCAUGAUAUGCAUCAUGAAAUGGAUCUUAAUAAUUAUAUUCAACCCAUGAAUGAAGUCAAUACGACCGUUGGAAUAGAUCAAAUUAAUUUGGAUCGAUCAAUUUCGCCAAAUAAACCCUAUUCCGAUGGAUCAUCGAAACGAAAUCGUUUUCAAGCCGUAUUUUUAUCACGUAGUAAUGCAAAUGAUAAAAAGGCUGCUACAAUCUCAGCUAAUUCAGUUGUUGUACUUUCACAUCCAGCAAAUAAUACAUCUGGUCCAGGUGGUGGAACGAACGGUAAAAGUGAUAUUUGUGAACAUUCAAAUGUUGUUGCAACAUUAUCUCAACAUGCAAGUGCUGUUAUGCCUGUUGCUACAUUAGCUUUACCACCUCCAAAGGCACCAACUACAACUACAAAUUCAGCAUCAACAACAGCAAAACAAUUUCUUAUUGGUCGUGUACGCUCACGUUCAAAAUCUGACCCACAGUCUGUACCUGAUAAAUCACUUUUUUCAAGAUUUUUUCCGAAAAAAACAAAAAAACCCUUAGCUGCACUAUUAACAACAUCGACAAAAGGAAUUGAUACUCGUACAAACAUGGAUAGUUAUAAAAAACAACAAAAUAUAAAUAAUAAUUUAUUAACAGCAAAUUAUCAACGAUCAAAUAAUUAUGAAGAUGACGAUUAUGAACUAGAUGAUCGCACUACAUCUACCGGUUCAUUAUCAGAUAAUGAUCGUCUAAAUAAUAAAGAUGAUAGAAUAACUAGUGCUAGAAGUUCAAACACAAUUCGAGGUGGAAGUAGAACAAGUAGUGGAAGUGGAAAAAAUAUUAGUGCUGGUCCAAAUGCUCUCUCAUUACCGACAUCCGAUUCACAAUAUUAUGCAUCAAUGUCAUCAGCACCAACUGGUUUUUCAAUUUCAUAUCAUAAACGUAUGACAAAAGGUAACGAUAAUCUACGCAUACAAGCAGCACUUGGCCGUCUUCAACAGCAAAAUAAACAAGGGACGACUGGUGAAGGAACAAGCCAAUUAAUGGCACUCUUUCAAGAUCCAAAACGAAGCGGCGCUCAAAGUCCAAAUCAUAUAAGUGGUUCAACUCGUAUUAGUAAAACACUUUCCGGUCAAACCAUAAUUACAAAAAGUAGUUCAUCAGAUCAACCAUCCGUCUAUUGUAUUCGUCCAACAUCGUGUUCGCCAACACAAGAUGUCGAUGAUACAUUUGUAAGCGAUGAUGAAAUUUAUACACAUUUUAUGAAAACUCAUACGUGCUAUGAUAUAAUGCCAAAAAGUUCUAAACUUGUUGUAUUUGAUACACAAUUAGCAGUAAAAAAAGCAUUCUAUGCUCUUGUUCAUAAUGGUGUACGAGCUGCUCCGAUUUGGGAUUCGAAACGACAAAGAUUUACUGCAAUGUUAACAAUUACCGAUUUUAUUCUUAUAUUACAAAAAUAUUAUAAAGAACCGAAUGCAAAAAUUGAAGAACUUGAAGAACAUCGAAUUGAAACAUGGAGAGAAGUUUUACGAGAAUAUGAAAAACCAUUAUUAUCUAUAAAGCCCACCGAUAGUUUAUUUGAAGCAGUUCGUAUUUUAAUAGAAAAUCAUGUACAUCGUUUACCUAUUGUUGAUCCAAUAUCUCAUAAUGUUAUAUUUAUUUUAACACAUAAACGUAUAUUACGAUUCUUCUAUUUAUAUAUCUAUGAUUGGCCACAGCCUUCAUAUGUGUCUAAAACAUUGGAAGAAUUAAAUCUUGGAACAUAUCAUGACAUGCAUAUUAUUGAUGAAAAUACAACAGUAAUCGAAGCACUUAAUCAAUUUGUUAAAUAUCGUAUAUCCGCAUUACCUGUUGUUGACAGUCAAAGAAAGUUAGUGAAUAUUUAUUCAAAAUUUGAUGUCAUUGGUUUAGCAGCUGAUAAAACUUAUACAAAUUUAAAUAUGACAAUAAAAGAAGCGUUAUCUUUCCGUAAAGAGCGUCUUGAAACUGUAGCAAAAUGCUAUAAGAAUGAAACAUUAGCAGCAUGUAUGGAGCGUAUUAUUAAAGCUGAAGUACAUCGUCUCGUUGUUGUCGAUAAUGAUGAACAUGUUAUUGGAGUACUUUCAUUAUCAGAUUUACUUUAUUAUAUUGUUAUGCGUCCAACUAAAACUGAACCGUCAGUAUCUCUCACACCACCACCACCAUCGCUAACAAUAGCAACAACGACACACUUUGUACCAACAAUAAAUGUCUUCAGUGACGAUGAUCCAGUCGUAGAAGAAGAUGAAGAAGAAUAA